UUCUGCAGAGUGGCGUCGCCCUCGAGCUUGUGACCUCGCGAUGUCGCGAUGAGUUCGGCAGAGCAGAGCCCCAGGUCCUACAGCCAGGCGGGGGGUCGGCGCCCUGGGAGCAGGUCUGGGGAGACGCCCCGAAUCCUUUUGGACUGUCCGUCGGAGGUGGAGAGCUCUGCUGACUCGCCAAGUCUGGGACAAAGGUCCGUCUCUUUGGCCACCAUACCACCGACUAUCAUUCAACCAAGAAUGGCGCAACUGGAAACUUUAGAGGCCAAAAUGGCCAGCAUAGAGGUAUCGUUGUCCAGUACCCCCAGGAGAAAGAAGAACGGCAGCCUCAGUGGCAUCAGCUUAGGUUCGUCGAUCCGUUCUAUCCCCAAAGAACUAGCCGCCAAAGAAAUAGAGAGCCUGAGGAACGCCCUUAGAGACAAGGAGAACAUCAUACAGAGCCUCAAAGGUCAGUUAACCGUGCCCGGGUUGAGGCUGAACAGCAUGAAAAACUGCAGCAAUAACAAUAACAUUAUAACGAACAACAAAGAACUGUCGGAGACAGAGAAGAAACAUGCUGAGGAUAGGCUGUGCCGAUUGAAAAUCGACGUGGACAAUAAGAGGCUUACUAUAAAGAAUUUGAAGAUGGCGUUGGAAAGAUUGGAUAUAACAGAUAACAUAGACGUUCGGAUCCAACAGGCAGAGUUAGAGUACCAACUGGGAAGGGAAGAACUUAAUCUGCUAACACUCCUAGAAGAGACCAGGGCUCUUCAGCUGUGCAUAGAAGAAAGCAACAAAAACAACUGCGAAUGUCAUACGUUGUACAGUUGCGUUGAAGGAGGCGAAUAUGUAAUUCUACGUGCAAUUGAGCUGAAUUAUGAUCCAAAAAGUCCCAAAUUCGGCGCUGGUCAGAAGGACUCGACUCCUGGAUUGUGGGUGGAAUGGGCUUUAGAGGAAACAGGAUUAUGUAAAGGAGAUAGAUUGAUUGAAGUUAAUGGCAAAAUAGUUGUAACAAAAACCAGAGACGAUCUUACAAGGUUAUUGGCCGCGGCUCCGGAUCCUGCCCAAAUAGUAAUCCUGCGGAAAUUAUCGCAAAACGAUACAGUGAUUCAAUUUAAUACUUCUUCAAAAGAAGUAGCUGCUCUUCGAUCAGAAUUAGAGAUAAUCAAGGAAAGAGCAGAGGAGGCUCAGAGGAUUAAAGAAGGACUUAGAUCCGAUAAUAUCAGACUCACUCAUCGGAUAUCAUAUCUUGAGGAACAGGUCGCUGAGUUGCUUGUGCGGAAAUCACCAGAAGACAUAAGAAUAGUGUCACCCACUCCAGUAAUAUCGUCUGUAAAAUCCAGUAAAAAUGUCACCAAUAUCAACAUCACCGCUCAGUCUUCUCCAACCAAUUCUGAUCUGCAAGUGUUCCAAAAGGGAUCACAAAUAACAGCAUUGAUGCCAAACAACUGUAUUGAAUCAAAGGACUCGCCCAUCACCUUGCCAGUGCGAUCCAAAAGUAGUCUUUCGAAUGUAUCAAACACGCAUAUACCCGCACCAACACAGAACGCCGAGUACCAUUGUCACAAGAACCAGUAUAGUCGGAACAAGCAUAGAUCUUCAAGAAACGGAUUGCAAUCACCACUGUGUGGCCAAAGUGUGGAUAAUUCUGAUAAAAUUACAUACCGAAAACACAGCCAUCAUCAUCACCACAGGGAAAAAUGUUACGGUUCAGAAACAAACUCUGCGGUCGAUCAGACGAGGUACAACAAGAAGAAACACGAGAAUCACAGGUACUCUGCAGAAUUUGCUAAUACAAAUUCUGAUAAAGAAUAUUCUAGUGAUAUCAUGGAUCAGAGCUAUAAGAAGGCCACGAAGAUAGUACAUGAACUUACCAGGAGUAGGGACAGCACCCUGUAUGAGAAACACCGUCAGAAGUGUCUCACUGCUUCUGAGAAGUACAACACGGACAUUCUGAAACAUUACAACGCAAGGAAAUCAACCUCGGUGCUCGAUUUUCGUUCCGAGAUCCAUAUAGGUCCGAAAUACACAGACUCGAAGAGUGUGGAAAACCUGGAUACCGUGGAAGCAAUCAGAAAUGAUCGGUUGUAUAAAAAAAUUCAAGAUUCGAGGAGUGUCAAGUCUCUAGAUUUUGACAGCGAUUGUAACUCUACUAGCACGAGUUGUAGAGGCACGAGUCAAACAAAGACAGUAGAUUAUACUUCAGAGCCUUCUAACGAUAGCAGAAAGCUGUCUUGUUACUACGAGAACAGCGCAAAACCAAGACCCACACCUCCUAAGAAACCACUCAGGCUGUCGCUUCACAAGACACACAGUUUACAGUCGGUCGAUAAUGGCUCGGAUGUGCAAGGGAAAGGGGAGAGGAAAUCUAUUAAGAGGAACUACAAAGGCGAGAUUCCGGUUAGUGUUAAAAAUGAACAAAACGGUGAAAUAAACAUGCAGCAAAAAAUAAACUGGAACUACAGGAGAGGGACGGACAGUUUGGAAAAUGGAAGCUGGUGUUGAUAGCGUUUGUAUAUAUUUGUAGUUUUAAAUGAAACCCAAUUUAGUCGGUAAAGUGAAAAACAAUUUUGAUUCAAAAUUGAACUAGGAAUUAACUGUUCAAAGCAGGAUUUCUUUGAUAUAUUUUUUUCUUCCUAAUCGAAAUAUACUCAAAAAUAAUCUUAAGUAAAAGUGCAUUAAAUUUUUAGUUAAAUUGACUGAUAAUAAACUAUUUU